AAUCAAUUGGAGCGAAUCCGGGCGGUGGCAACCGGGGUCAUUUACUUUCGUAAAACCUUCUUUGCUUCAGUAAGAUGCCCCACUCCUUUGGUACCCGCGCGCGCACGCGCCACAUGUUCGCCCGCUCGUUCCGCCAGCGCGGUAUGAUCAAGAUGUCGACGUACCUUCGCACGUUCAAGGUCGGCGACUACGUCGAUGUCAAGGCCAACGGCGCGGUCCACAAGGGCAUGCCCCACAAGUUCUACCACGGCCGCACCGGCCGCGUGUACAACGUGACGAAGCGCGCCGUCGGCGUCCGCGUCAACAAGGUGGUCGGCAACCGCAUCAUCCACAAGCACAUCAACGUGCGCGUGGAGCACGUGCACGCCUCCAAGUGCCGCCAGGAUUUCCUCGACCGCGUCAAGGCCAACGAAAUCAAGAAGAAGGAGGCCCGCGUCACGGGUGUCCGCCUCCAGAUCAAGCGUCUGCCCGCGCAGCCCAAGGGCGCCUACACCUUGAAGACCAAGGGUGUGAUCCCCACGACGCUCGCGCCCCAGCCCUUCGUCGACCUCAUGUAAAUUGAGUUUGGCGACGAUCGAAAGGGUUGGGUGUAGCCACGGCCGCACGCAAAGCAGGAAGGAGAGCACGACUGCAACCGUAAACACGAACUUGCGUUUUGCGAUAACACUA